AUCAAAAAAGUCUUAGUGACUAACCUGUAUGUCUAGACCUCGUCGGGGGAGUGGGAUCCGACAUUGGGAGACGACGAAUAAGGAUUAUUUAGGGCGACGAGUAACAACCCCUUAUUAUGAUAGUACUAUAAUUUAAUAAGUUAGCCGUUACUCUUAAAAUAUUCAUAUCAUACAUUCCAUCAUCAUCCCAACUCCCAAGGAAACUGUACGAGCGGGGAAAAAACUACCGCCCGCCCCGAAAACGACGCGGCAUCUGCCACGUGGCAGUGGCAAAAUAAUCCUGAUCUCUAUGGACCCCGCGGUUUCCCGGUCCGGUAAAUCGGACGGCAGAGAUCUCAAAUCUGGCGUCAUCUCAAAGGUUUUCUUUAGUCACUCCUUGAACGCAAUCCUUUUUCUUUUUUUGCCUCUCCUAUUUGAGUGUUUUCUUGGCUUAAAAAAAAAACCUACUCAGUCGGGUCCGUUUCCUUAUUUUUCUCUCGUGUUCCUCCCGUUUUGCUCGUUUCUGCGUGUCGCCGCCGCACCUCCCUCGGCGGCUUCCCCACCAUCUCCUUCCCUCUCCUCCUCCUAUCCAAAACAAACUAAAAACAUGAAAAAGUGUUUAUUCUCAAACUGAAUUAUCUUUUGUCUCGUUGUCUCCAGAGUCCUUUUGUCGAACAGUUGGUGUGCGUAUCUAUCCGGUCAGAAGAGUUUUAGGGUUUCAGUUGCAGUCGUCGUAAUAAAAAGAGGAGAGGGAAGACUUAGUUGAAAAAUCCCAAAAAAAAAAAAAAAAGAGAGCCGAGAAAUAAGGGUGAUAAUUUUCAUCGGGUUGUUUAUUUUUGGACUGAAAGAUUUGAUUCGUUUUUUUCUGGAGGAAGCCGAAGAGAGUUGAAAGAAAUGGCUCAGGUUCACGUACCGGUUCAAGCGCAAAGUGUGAACGGCGGGGCGAACAACAACCCGCAUUUCACAACCACUUCGCUCUACGUCGGCGAUCUGGAGUUCAACGUCACCGAGGCGCAGCUUUUCGAUCUGUUCACCCAGGUCGGCCAGGUUGUGUCGAUUCGUGUUUGCAGGGACUUGACCACUCGCAGGUCGCUGGGCUAUGGCUACGUCAACUUCACCAAUGCCCCCGAUGCUGCUAGGGCAUUGGAUAUGCUCAAUUUUACUCCAAUCAAUGGGAAACCUGUUAGAAUCAUGUAUUCUCACCGUGACCCUAGCAUUCGCAAAAGUGGUGCUGGGAAUAUUUUUAUCAAGAAUUUGGACAAGGGUAUUGACCACAAAGCACUGCAUGAAACCUUUUCGGCCUUUGGGAACAUUCUCUCUUGCAAGGUUGCUACUGAUUCUUCUGGUCAGUCAAAAGGUUAUGGUUUCGUCCAGUUUGAUACCGAGGAAGCUGCACAGAAGGCCAUAGAGAAAUUGAAUGGAAUGCUGAUAAAUGACAAGCAAGUAUUUGUGGGUCCUUUCCUUCGCAAACAGGAAAGAGACUAUUCAAAUGACAGGAGCAAAUUCAACAAUGUGUUUGUGAAGAAUCUUGGCGACAACACCACUGAUGAUGAUUUGAAGAAUGCAUUUGGUGAAUUUGGACCAAUCACCAGUGCUGUGAUUAUGAGAGAUGCAGAAGGAAAAUCCAAAUGCUUUGGUUUCGUCAACUUUGAGAGUUGUGAUGAUGCUGCUAGAGCUGUUGAUGCCCUUAAUGGAAAGAAAUUUGAUGACAAAGAGUGGUAUGUUGGCAAAGCCCAAAAGAAAUCUGAGAGGGAAGUCGAACUGAAACAAAAGUUCGAGCAGACAAUGAAAGAGGCUGCUGAUAAGUUUCAAGGAGCUAACUUGUAUGUUAAAAAUUUAGAUGAUAGCAUAGCUGAUGAGAAGCUGAAAGAAUUAUUCGCCCCAUAUGGUACAAUAACAUCAUGCAAGGUCAUGCGAGAUCCUAGUGGCGUUAGUAGAGGCUCGGGGUUUGUUGCGUUUUCGACUCCUGAAGAAGCUAAUAGAGCUCUUUUGGAGAUGAACGGAAAGAUGAUUGUCAGCAAACCAUUGUAUGUUGCACUUGCUCAAAGGAAGGAAGAUAGAAGAGCCAGACUGCAGGCGCAAUUUUCUCAAAUGCGACCGUUGGCAAUGCCACCUUCUGUUGCACCUCGUAUGCCAAUGUAUCCUCCUGGGGCACCAGGAAUGGGUCAGCAGAUAUUCUAUGGGCAAGCCCCUCCUGCUAUCAUACCUUCGCAGCCUGGAUUUGGGUAUCAGCAACAGCUUGUGCCUGGUAUGCGUCCUGGAGGGGCACCUAUGCAAAACUACUUUGUCCCAAUGGUUCCACCCGGUCAGCAGGGUCAGCGACCUGGUGGUCGAAGGGGAGGGGCUGGUCAGCAAUCUCAGCAACCGGUUCAACUCAUGCAGCAGCAGAUGCUUCCAAGGGGGGGCCGUGUCUACCGCUAUCCUCCAGGGCGUGGUAUGCCUGAUGGCCCCAUGACAGGUGUUGCUGGGCCUGGAGGCAUGCUCUCUGUUCCAUAUGACAUGGCUGGUGGUAUGCCUAUGCGAAGUGAUGCAGGACUCUCUCAGCCAAUCCCCAUAGGGGCUUUGGCUACUGCACUUGCUAAUGCUACUCCAGAUCAGCAGAGGACUAUGCUGGGUGAGAAUCUGUACCCUCUGGUGGAACAACUGGAGCCAGAUGCUGCAGCUAAGGUGACAGGGAUGCUUCUGGAGAUGGAUCAGACGGAGGUUCUGCACUUGUUGGAGUCACCAGAGGCAUUGAAGGCAAAGGUUGCUGAGGCUAUGGACGUGCUGAGGAGCGUUCAGCAGCAUCAGGCAGCAGGGAGUACCGCCGAUCAGCUGUCCUCACUGUCUUUGAACGAGAACCUCGUCUCUUGAAAGCUUCUGUGAGGUUGGUUGGAGUGUAUGCAUGGGCGUUUGAGACUAGAGAAACGUGUGUUCUGAUACAUUGGUACUGGCUUUUUAUUUUUGGAGUUUAGGGCUUUAGAAGGAGAUAUUGCCUACUUCUUUCGUUUUUUAGUUAUAUAUUUUCUCUGGGGUUCCUUCUGCCGGAGCUGUGAACGACAGGAUUGAUUGAUGAAUUGUCUUCAAUCUUUGAUGCUUGCCCAUUCUGGCUUGCUUCGUGUGUUAUGUUUGGCAUGUAAAAAAUCUUGCGUAUGAUGGUAUCUCUUUUUUAGAACAACCGGUUAGUCAUUGCUAGUAGCUGCUAUGACCCAUGCUACUCAAGAGGAUUCAGAUACCACAAGAACACGUCGUAGCUCAUUCUUUGGUUGCUACGAGGCCAAUGGUUUGUUGUCUGUUGUUUUGCUUUGUCUACUGGCUGGCUGCCUCUUUUGAAUCCAUGGAUUUAUGUCGUCUCUCAUGGUCUCCUAUUGGCUCCUAUGUCUUCUUGUCCUCGUGUUCUCUGAUAUCUUGUGAUAAUAGCAAUUGCUAGCUCUACUACACCACCGAAAAUCUCGUCUCAUUGUGUCAUCAGCUCCACCAACGUCGGUUCAUGAAGUCCUUCACACCGCAAGCCCCUCCCUCACCACAUACCCCGUUGCAUCCUGAAUGACUUUCCGAGUGUGAUCCCCUACAUUACAUAUGGCCCCAUCAAACAGACACAUAGCACCAGAGAGAUAUUUGGGGCCUCCACCACUCUCAGUCCUUGAGACACCCAUGCUCGACUAUCUGCCCCUAGGAUAGGGAGAACUACCCACUCCGCCACUUGGAACCGGUACUACAUAACCAGUAGUCAGUAGAGGAGUCGUCUUAACCUGUUUGAAAUCAAACACUAUCCAUUUACGCGCCUUCCAUAUAUGCCAAAGCAAUGCAAUGACUCGAAUCACCCUAUUCCGGGUGGAGCCUUGUUGCAAAACAAGCCAGAGAAAGAACGAAAUUCGCUGUCUCUAUCCCGGACAUGAAAGUCCUCAAGCCUUCAAAGGGCAAUAGCUGCCAGGCAGUAAAUGAAUAGAUUUCAUAGUUUCCUCCUCCGCCCAGUGAAUUGGCAUCUGCCCAAAACUUCCACCUCCUUUAACAAUAAUGUCGUCAUUGUGGGAAGUAUACACCUCAACAUUUGCCACACAAAAAAAAAUCCAAGGUUAGGCAGAAUCGGGUAGGACCAGACAUCCAUCCACAACUUACCUCAUUCCUCCAAUACCCCGUCGCUCGACUUCGGCGUACUUCCAAAUGAUACCAAAAGUUCAUCGUAUGUUGCCAGGCAAGCUUAUUCUCCACCCCCUUUAUUGUGUCCGGAAGGAGCACCCUUGCAGACAAUCCAAACACCAUAACCCAACUAUUAACGCUGAAACGUCAUCGUUCCCCGUGACUGGAGUUGCAAUGCCUGUUGCUAAUUUGCUUCUACCCCUGGUAUCCAAUCAGUGCCCAAGAUUUUCACCUUGGUUUUAAAACCUAUUUUCCAUCGCUGUCCUAGCUUGCGAAGCUCACAUAGAUGUAGAAUACGCAGCCUACCCCAGGAAGAACGUGACCCACUACCUGUUCCUAGCACCGUACUAUGCAAAAAAUAUUUACCCUAUAAUCAAUGGCGGACCCAGGAUUACUGGAUAGAUGUCUCGGUAAAUAAAAAUAGCAAAAAAUAAAAAUUAACUACUUAAAAUAAAUUCAAUUAAUAAAAAAUAAAUAUAUAAGAUUUAUUCAUAAAAUUUAAAAUUUCAC